UCUGUUGCGCCAUAUUCACAGCAGGUGACCCCCGCCCCUUCGCCAAAAUCCGGCUAUUAGAUGUGACCACGAGGUUGAUCAGGAGAAGCCACCAUGUCUUAAACGCAGAAGGGCCCUCUGGAGCCCUGUCCCCCCACCCUGGCCCACCUUCCCCCUCCCCCAUCCACCACCUUACCCCUUCCCCCAGCCCCAUCCAGAUCCAAGACCUCCCGUCCCAUGUGAGAGACAGGCUGCCCAGCCCUGGCUCCCCGCUGGCGCACCCCUCCCCUCCCUCCGGAGAGAUGAGCUUGCAGAAGCACCAGCAGCUGGGCCGAGGUAGUGGUGGAGUGAUGGGCUCUGACCGGGACCUACAGUCCACCGCCUCCUCCAUCUCUCUCCCCUCUGUGAAGAAGGCCCCCAAGAAGAGGCGCCUCUCCUUGGCCUCUCUUUUCAGACGGCGCGGUAAGGAGUCCAAAUCGGGACGCCAGAGGUCUCGAGAGCUCCAGCAUCCUGGACUCGGAGGGCUCGGAGGGGUGGACGGCAUCGCUAGCAUCGAGAGCAUCCACUCGGAGAUGUGUAAUGACAAGAACUCUGCCUUCUUCUCUGUGGCUGAGACCGGAGCUGCCUCUACUGCUUCUGCUGCUGCUGCUGCUGCUGCUGCUGCCUCCACCUCAUCUGCCUCAGGGCCUUCUUCCUCUAUCUCCUCCUCCUCCACCAAAGCGGGAGGCGGGGUGGGGUCCGAGCUCCUGGAGUGCCCGCUGUGCCUUCUGCGCCACUCCCGGGACAACUUCCCUGACAUCAUGACCUGUCACCACCGCUCCUGCAUCGAUUGCCUGCGCCAGUACCUGCGGAUCGAGAUCUCGGAGUCGCGCGUCAACAUCAGCUGUCCCGAGUGCUCGGAGCGCUUCAACCCGCACGACAUCUGCAUGAUCCUGGGAGACCGGGCGUUGAUGGAGAAAUACGAGGAGUUCAUGCUGAGGAGGUGGCUGGUGGCUGACCCAGACUGUCGCUGGUGCCCUGCACCAGACUGUGGGUAUGCGGUGAUAGCUUUCGGUUGUGCCAGCUGUCCAAAGAUCACAUGUGGCAGGGAGGGCUGCGGCACAGAGUUCUGUUACCACUGUAAGCAACUGUGGCAUCCCAACCAGACCUGCGACGCAGCGCGGCAGCAGAGAGCGCAGAGCCUCCGUCUGAGGACGGUGCGCUCGUCGUCCCUCAGCUACAGUCAAGAGAGCGGAGCUGCAGCUGACGACAUCAAGCCAUGUCCACGCUGCGCCGCGUACAUCAUCAAGAUGAACGACGGCAGCUGCAACCACAUGACCUGCGCCGUCUGCGGCUGCGAGUUCUGUUGGCUCUGCAUGAAGGAGAUCUCGGACCUACACUACCUGAGUCCGUCAGGCUGUACUUUCUGGGGAAAGAAGCCGUGGAGCAGAAAGAAGAAGAUCCUUUGGCAGUUGGGGACGCUUGUCGGCGCCCCCGUCGGCAUCGCGCUCAUCGCCGGUGUAGCCAUCCCCGCCAUGAUUAUUGGUAUACCUGUAUAUGUGGGGAGGAAGAUCCAUAACCGUUAUGAAGGCAAAGAUAUUUCCAACCACAAGAGGAACCUUGUGAUCGCUGGUGGAGUGACUCUCUCUGUCAUCGUGUCCCCGGUGGUGGCUGCAGUCACAGUCGGCAUUGGAGUUCCCAUCAUGCUCGCCUACGUCUACGGCGUAGUGCCCAUCUCUCUGUGCCGUAGCGGAGGGUGUGGCGUCUCUGCUGGGAAUGGAAAAGGAGUCCGCAUAGAGUUUGACGACGAGAAUGACAUGAAUGUUGGCAGUGGUGCAGCAGCCACUGAUACUACAUCUGUGGCAGACACCAGGAAUAAUCCCAGUAUAGGCGAAGGCAGUGUUGGGGGGCUAACUGGAAGUCUGAGCGCCAGUGGCAGCCACAUGGACCGUCUGGGGGCCAUCAGGGACAAUCUGAGCGAGACGGCCUCCACCAUGGCCCUGGCUGGAGCCAGCAUCACAGGCAGCCUGUCAGGCAGUGCCAUGGUCAAUUACCUGAACAGGCUGGAGGUGCAGGCUGACGUGCAGAAGGAGCGUUGCAGCCUCAGCGGUGAGUCUGGCACCGUCAGCCUGGGUACAAUCAGCGACAACGCUAGCACCAAAGCAAUGGCUGGAUCCAUUCUUAAUGCCUACAUGCCCCUUGACAGAGAUGGGAACAGCAUGGAGGUCCAGGUCGACAUCGAAUCCAAACCCGGCAAACUACGGCAUCACAGCGGCAGCAGCAGUGUGGACGACGGCAGCCACAUGGGCCGCUGUGGCUGGACCUGUCCCUCCAACGGCUGCACCUCCUCGGAGGGCAAAGGAGCCGCCGCAAAGUGGGCCAAAGAGGCAUCCUGCUCCUCCUCCUCCAGCUCGGCGGGCAAAAAAAGCAAAGGCAAGCUGCGCAAGAAAGGCGGCGGAGGCACCAAGAUCAAUGAAACCCGGGAAGACAUGGAUGCUCAGCUGCUGGAGCAGCGAAGCACCAACUCCUCGGAGUUCGACUCUCCCUCACUGAGCGGCAGCCUGCCGUCCGUGGCCGACUCCCACUCCAGCCACUUCUCAGAGUUCAGCUGCUCUGACCUGGAAAGCAUGAAGACGUCCUGUAGCCACGGCUCCAGCGGAGGCGACUACCACACGCGCUUCGCCACCGUCAGCCCCCUACCUGAAGUGGAGAACGACCGCCUGGAGACCUGCCCGGCUUCUUCGUCCUCCUCCUCCCUGGGGCAAGGAGCCGUGAUCACUCCCCACUCCCCCUCCUCCACCAACUCCUCUCUGGGCCACGGCACAGAGCACUCCUCUCUCUGCUUCAUCACGGAGGAGAACGUCAACCUGGUGUGCCCCGCUGAGCUGGACUCUCACAGCAACACCGGAGAGAUUCUUAAAGAAACCAACAACAACAACAACCACCACCAACAACAACAACAACAGCCACAACACCCAGCCCAAACCCAGCAGCAGUCCAAGAACUCCUGUAUACAAACUGAUAUCUAAAAAAAAAAAAAAUCUCAAAACCUUAAGUGCUGCACAGACACUGUUUUAUUUAACAUCCUCCUUCAAACUAACACACAUAGCUUACAGUUUAACCUGCGUUUUCUGUUAUUCCCUUAUAAAGGGGACAUGUUUUUUUUUUUUUUUUUUUUUUUUUUUUUGGGGUUCUUUGCCCUUCAUAAAAACCAGCCUUUAGUAGAAGAAAAAGAGACCUCUGUGUGUCCACUGAUUGUCAGGAGGCUGUUGGAAGUUUUCAAAGGCUGCAACCAUGUGAGAAAUGUUCAGGCUGUGAAUGCUGGUUGUUUCUCCCUGUGCUGCCCACAGACUGCUGAUACAUUUCUGACACUCGCUCCCCGGCCGCUCGUAAACAGAAGGCCGUCGCCGUCAUCUUGAUCUGUGUAGGUUUCGAUUAAAACCACUGUGCCAGUUUUGCUAGUAUUUGAUCUUAGCUCUAUGACGUGGAUGCAACACCAUGCAGGAAUCGUAAAUGUUUCAGCUUUCCAGAGGUGAAGUCAUGCAGGGACCAGGCAUUAUGAUUCACCGUUUCCUUUUUAGGUCUAGCUUUUCCCAAAAUGUAUUAGUAACAGGGGAACGUCUCGGUUCUUGUCUGUAUUUAUUAUUAGUUUUCUCCCCUUUUUUUCCCCUGGACAUUUGAAAUGAACCCUCUAAUGUAUCAUUUUUAAGGCCUAGGCUCAACUUCCUGAGUCAUUUUAGCACUAAAAUCCACAUGUAACAGGACAGAGAUCCUCUUCAGAUGGAUUCAUGCCAACUGUAGCUGUAGUCCAAUUCUGGGAGAUGGUGCUCAGCAGCUCUUCAGCUCUUUAGUUUAGACCUGUAGCCUACAACUCACAGAGUGUGUGUUUUUUUUUUAGUGCUAAAGUGACUUUGGAGGGCCCAAGCCUCAUCUAGCUCUGUGGAAUAUGUCGUCAUAUGUUGGGAGGGGCGGGUGUGGGCUGUCCUGAUUUGAGAAAGGUCUCUGGAAGGCCAUGGUUGUCGAGAUAAUGCUAUUAAGUCAUUAUAACAUUAACCAAUGGGUUGGUCAAUUCUGUGAAAUUGUACAAAGAAAAAUGUUUUUGUAAUGUUCAAAAAAGUGAUUUAUUCAGGCUGAUGGUUUCGCCUCACUGAGUAAGAGAGAGCUUUGAUAUCUUUCUUUGUUAACUCAUGGUGCCUUCAAGAAGCUGUUUGUGUUCUUCGUCUCUCUCCACUGUGUCUUCUAGAUCGCAAACAACAAAAACAACAACAACAACAAACGACUCAUUAUAGAUGGCAGAAUGUCUGUCUGUGUAGGAGGGAUGCUCAUUCACACACAGACCGUACUGUGGUAGACAUGGUAAAUGAAGAGUUUUCAAUUGCCUACCAAAGACAGCACUCAGGCUCUUGUUAAAUCUUAUACCUUGGACUUGUCAGCUGUAGACGCAGUAUUGUGCAUCCUUCGUUCGUUACGCCGCAGGGUUGAAUGAAGACAAGACCCGGGAUCAUACAGACACACAGACCGCUGUUUCAUACACGCUUCACCAAUGCUACGCAAAUAACCGAGGCUGCACAACGGCCCGAGGCACCUGCACUGUUACCUGUAUUUCUUAUGACAUUGAUGUUCUGCAAAUGCACAAAGGUUAAUAGGGAUACAUAGGUUUGUUUAGGGGGUACGCUCCCCGUUGAUUCGUUCCGUGAUUACUGUUUGUGUUGCCAACCGGUGCUGCUGAUCAGACAUGACGUCAAGUUCUUCUUUAUUUUCGGGAGUAUUUGCCUGAGCCUGUGUUUACUGCUCCGUGGUCCGUUCAGUCGAGGCCACCGAGUCGGCUCAGGUCAACCUCUGCCAGAAUGGUAUUUUGACCCAGGUCUGUUACUGAACGAACACUCAAUUUGGUUUUGUGGACGGGGCUUCACGCUCGCGGUCCUCCCUGUAUCACAGGAAAACAUUGUUUUGUUCUUCCUCCGCGAUUUUUGUUUCUCAUACUUCACCAAAACUCCGGUUUCUUGAUCCUGAUUUGAACACUAGUGCCAGAUAUAAUUUGUGCAGGAAGGCAUAAGGUAUUUGUAUAUUUGUUUGGUAAUUUGCUUUACUAUAUGCGUGUAAAUGCAUAUCAAAAAAUAAAAAAAAAUAUAUAUCUA